AUGCAAGUUCGGCGGUUGUGGGCUGAGAUGGCCCCCGAACUGAGCUUUGACUUUUGUGUACUGGAUGUUUACGCGGAAGUAAAGAACCCUGACUUCGCCGUCAACCUGAUUGGGAUCAACCCAUGGGGCGCGCAAGCGGGCUCCGGGAGUCUGCUGUUCCACUGGCUGGACGAUGCCGAUAUCCUCAACCGCACGGGGUCAGAGCCGGAGCCGGCCGUGGUCAUCCGACUGUUGGACGAAGGUGAAUCGCCGGUGCUUGCACGCGACGAAGCCUACCAGAUCGGGCGGGAACGGAUCAUCGAGGAUGAGCUGUGCUGCCUGAGAGAGCGCGCGGCUUGGAAUGGAUUUUGGGGGUGGUGCGCAUGCAAAAUUCAUGGCGCUGCCGCUGCCCGAUGCAUAUCCUAG